AUGAGACAACCUUUGAUCAGAAAUAUUAUUAGAAUGAUGAGUGAUAGUGUUCCAGCAAAUAAAAGUAUAGAGGGUCCAAUAGCUAAGGCUAUUAGUAGUAAAAUUAAUGGAAACUUCAACGAAUUAACCAAAUUUGAGAUAUACAAUGAUUCGUAUAAACAUGCAGGUCAUCAUGGCAUGUCUGAGAGUGAUAAUGUCACAGAAUCACAUUUUAGAAUUGAAUUGGUUACUGAUGAAUUUAAGGGAAUUCCAUUACCCAAAAGACAUCGUAUUAUAUUUGAUUUGUUAUCCAAUGAAAUGGACAAGAUACAUGCUUUACAGAUCAAGGCAAGGUCUCAGGAUGAAGAAGCCAGAAUACUUGCUAAGUCAAAAUGA